AUGACAUUCACAUAUGAAAAUUAUAUGAAUCUGAUAUUUCAUCUAGAUAAAGUUCAUGAAAAUGUCCCACAAGAUAUAAGUAAAAGAAUUGUUUCUAAUGCAAUUGCUCCUGUAAUAACCGUUACAGCAACCGUCGAAUUAGAUUCACAUAUAUCCGAAGAGUAUGGCAUAGAUUCAUUUUACACGUUGUUGCGCUAUUUUGGAGGUUGUAUAUCUGAUAGAGACCAAAGCAAUGAAUACAUAAAGAAAACAGAAGAUGAACAAAAAAGCCAUGCAUUAAACAAAGUCAAUUUAACAACUAUUGAAGAGACAAAGGUAAAGCUAAAUGAAGAUGAAAAAAUGGAGGAGGAAUUACAAUCUGAUCAAAAUGUCAUCAAUCCUACCAAUGACCCUACUGUAAAUAAUAAUUAUUUGGAUGUUGAUACGAAAACCGAUAAUCUGCUCCCAAAAAGUUCGCAAACAACUAGAAACAGAAGUCGAUCAAAUAGUUUAUUUCAAAGAGAUUCAACACAAUCACAGUUCAUAAGAUUCACGAGGCCAAUCGAAGAUUUAUUAUAUAGCGGAGGUACUGGCGAUAUGCUAUUUGAUUACCAUACUUUGGAAAUAUUUUUGGGAAGCUGUUUGAAAAUGGUAGAGAAGUAUACUACUGAUGAUAUUGAUCAUAAAACAUUACAAAAAUCACUUUAUCACCGAUUUUUCUCAUCUGCAAUCUCAUCUACUAAUUGCUUAUCUCCAUAUGAGUCUUUUAAUCAUCCAAUUGUUUCAUUGAUUGCGAUUGAUAUAACCAAAGGACAAAAUUAUGAACUUGCUAGAGAUCUUUUAAUUGCUUUUAAGAACCAAAAUACUACAAUAAAUAAUUUUCCAAUAUUCAUGAGCACAAAUGAUAUAUUACCUGUAUUUGUACUCUGCUACAAUGGAUCUUCCGCUGAAGAAUCAGAAAAAUCCACUGAACUGUCAAAAAAAAUUAAAAAACAGCUUUUCGCUGAAUGUAUUAGAAUGCCAUUAUGGGACAAACGUUACAGCGAUGACAUAACAGUAAAACUUCACCAGCCUGCAAUGUCAUCUUUAGAUGAAAUGCUGUACGUCUUCCAAACUUCAAAAACUGAUAAAUUGCCAUUAACAUUGAUUAAUUUGAUUUAUGAUCAAUUAGAAAUUUUAACAAAUGAUUUAAUGAUCCCAUUUAUGCAAAGAAAGAUAACAUUUUGGGAGGAAACAAUAUUGCAGCCAAAAAAAUCUCUAUUUCAAGGUACUAAACUUUUCAGGAAGUUUAUGGGUAGACCUUCUAUGACAAAUGGUCGACAAGAAAAUAUACCCAUUAAAGAUAACCAAGGUAAUGAAUAUUUUGCAUCAACGUCUAACGUAUUUCUACUAAGGAAAUUAGCUGAUUGGUCAAUGAUGAUUUCUGACUUUAAAACUGCAUAUACUACUUUUGAAAGUCUCCUUGAAGAUAUAGAAAUGUACCCAAAGUAUCUGGCAUCGUGUUUGGAAUGGUGUGCCGUUUGUAUUUUGAUGGGAGCCCAAAACAUUGUUACUACUAAAAUGAUCAAGAAUGACGUUAAUCCACUAAUUGAACGUUCACUAGAUGUUUAUGGGAACUGUGCUUUAUUACUUAACAGUAUUGCAGAAAGCGAAGAAUCACCGGAUACUGAACCAGUCAGAUCCUAUGAAACAAGAUGCAUGCUUAUCACAUCAGAAUUAUUUUUAUCAUUGAGCGAUACUUGGACGUCUACACCUUAUGCUUUAAGUAAUUUAGAAACAAUUUUAUCUGAAUGUAAAUUAGGUGCAUGUUCCCAGAUUAUGAUUUGGGAGCGUUUGAGCGAUUGCUAUAAUUUACGUACAGAUCCAAGAGUUAAACAUAAACUGAGAAGUAAUAUUAGCACAUCAUCAGUGUCAGAAGUUUCUGAGGAAGAAAUAAAGAAGCAGGAUGUAAGUAGCAUAGUUUUAAAGGGAUUAACAAGACAACGUAAAGCUUCUUUUUUUCGUUUAUUAGCCGCAAAGAAAUGGGCAGAACAGCACCAAUGGCGACAAGUUUCUUGGUGCUUAAAUGAUAUAUCUGAAAUGUAUCAAGAUACAGUAUUUGGGAAACGUGAAAGUUUAAUAUAUCAAAAGUUAAAGAGGAAUUUAUUGGAAAAUUCCAAAAAAUGA